AUGGUUCUGCAUCUUCACUUGCGAUUCCUCCCUGCUUCUUCUAUUCUACAUCUUAUGCCAGUAAUCUAUGGUUUCUACGCUAGUGUCUCUUUUCCCUCCUAUCUCUUAUUUCGCAAAGGUGAAAUGUCCAAAAACAACCUAUCGCCUUUUUCAACUCUACGAAACUCGAUGAAUGAAGGAGGUAGCAACCUUCUUGCUCUGUUGAACCUCUGUAAAAAACUCGAAGACCUGAAGCAAUUCAAGUCUCAUCUCAUCUUGCACGGUGCAAUGGAGGACGAGUACUUGGUUGGAGAAUUCCUUAGGCUUUGCUUCUAUUUGGAUGUCCAUGAGCUUGCUCUUGGUGCUUUUUAUAGCAUUCAGAAACCUACUUUGUUCUUGCAGAAUAUAAUGUUGAGGUGCCUUUGCAAUCAUGGGUUAUACAAGGAACUCUUGGCUCUCUAUUUAAAAUGUCAGAAAUCAGGCUGUCUCUCUGAUAAUUUCACCUUCCCUUUUGUCAUCAAGGCCUGUGCAGCACUCUCUGAUCACCGAACAGGGAAGGAGGUUCACUGUACUGUUCUGAGAACAGGGUUUGAGCAGAACCUUGUUGUACAAACUGGUCUCAUAGACAUGUAUGCUAAAGUUGGCCAUAUGGAAAAGUCACGUCUACUUUUUGAUAGAGCUCCUCAGCUUGAUUUGGUUUCUUGGAACGCUUUACUCUCUGGUUAUUCUAUGAAUGGGCUCUAUCAGGAAGCCAUUGAGGUUUUCAAGCAAAUUUGGACUGUGGGAUUGAAGCCGAAUGCAAGCACCUUGGCCACCAUUGUUCCUGUAUGCACCCAUUUGAGAAUUCUAGAUACUGGUAGAUCCCUCCAUGGGUUUGCUGUCAAGUGUGGAUUUUGUUCAGAUGAAGCCUUGGUGCCUGCAUUUAUCUCCAUGUACGGUGGUGUUGGUGAUUUAUGUAUUGUUCGCAAGCUGUUUGAUUUACUUCCUGAGAGGAAUGUUAUUGCCUGGAAUGCUAUGAUCUCUGCAUAUACACAGAACAAGAGAUCCAGUGAAGCCUUUGAACUUUUCCGACUGAUGCUCCAAGGAAAUAUGCUACCUAAUUCAGUCACAUAUAUAUCUAUGUUUACCUCUUGUGACUACUUAGGUAGCUCUUGGUGUGGAGAAUCACUUCAUGCUUCUGGAAUUAAACAUGGUUUGGAGCAUCAAAUUUCUGUGACCAUAGCCCUUAUAUCAUUGUAUGCCAAAGAUGGAGAUAUAGAUUCUGCUAAAUUUCUGUUUGAUGAAAUUCCUGAGAAAAACCUCCUGUCGUGGAAUUCAAUGAUUUCAGGAUAUGUACAGAAUGGGUUUUUGGACUUGGGUUUGGCUGCAUUCCGCAACAUGCAGACCACAGGCUUGAUUCCAGAUGCAGUCUCCAUAGUUACUAUUCUUUCAGCCUGCAGCAGAUUAGAUGGCAUUCAUCUGGGCAAAUCUGCCCAUGCUUUUAUCCUUCGAAAUGGAUUUGAAUCAAAUAUUAAUGUGUUAAAUUCACUAUUAGCUUUCUACUGUGAUCCUGAACAACUUUCUUCUUCCCUUGUGUUAUUCCAUAAGAUGGCAAUGAGGAAUGUGGUUUCAUGGAAUACUUUAAUAGCUGGGUGUGUUCACACUGGAAACAUUGGAGAUGCAAUUUCCCUCCUACGUCAGAUGCAGCAAGAGGAUGUACGGUUGGAUUUGGUUACCAUAAUAACCAUUCUCCCUGGUUUCUGUGAAACAGAAGGCUUGGUACAAGGGAUGGCUAUCCAUGGCCAUGCUAUCAAAAUUGGGUGUUGCUCUGAUAUUUCUCUUGUAAAUGCACUUGUUAGCAUGUAUUUCAAUUGUGGGGAUUUGAGUUCCGGGAUAUUACUCUUUGAAUGCAUGCCUGAAAGGAGUGUGGUCUCUUGGAAUGCUCUAUUGACUGGUUACCGAUACCACAACUUACAUAGAGAGGCCAUAGUCUUGUUUCGCCGAAUGACAAUGGAGGUUCAUAAACCAAAUUAUGUAACCUUACUAAAUGUGUUACCUAUAUGCUCUACCCAGUUGCAGGGUAGAUCCAUUCAUGCUUAUGCAGUUAGAACUGGAGCUAUAUUAGAACCUCCUCUUUUUACAUCUAUUGUACUCAUGUAUGCUAGAUUUGAGAAUGUAAAUGUAUGUUGUUUACUAUUUAAAUUGGUGGAUAAGAGCAACAUUUCUAUGUGGAAUACUAUGAUGGCUGUGCAUGUCCAGAGCAAAAAUUCCCAAAAUGCAGUUGCCACAUUCUGUGAAUUGCUUCAAACAGAAGUUGAACCUGAUCAUAUAACAAUCUUGACCUUGAUCUCAGCUUCUCUUCAAUUAAGAAGUCAGAAUCUCACACAGUGCAUAAUGGCUUACAUCAUUUGCAAGGGUUUUGAGAAAGACGUAUUCAUUUACAAUGCCCUUAUAGAUUUAAAUGCCAGAUGUGGAAACAUUUUUGUUGCAAGAAAGCUGUUUGAUUUUUUGGCCAUGAAGGAUGCUAUAUCUUGGAGUGUAAUGAUCAAUGCAUAUGGGAUGCAUGGUAAUGGUGAAGCAGCACUUUCUCUUUUCUCACAGAUGAAGAACUCUGGAGUUGGACCCGAUGACAUUACUUUUGUUAGUAUUUUGUCGGCUUGCAGCCAUGCAGGCUUACUUGACGAAGGCCAGGUGCUUUUCAAUUCUAUUGCAGAACAUGGCAUGCAGCCAGGGAUGGAGCACUACUCUUGCUUGGUGGACCUUCUUGGCCGAACAGGUCGUUUGCACGAGGCAUUCGACCUUGUUAAGAGUCUUCCAUUUAAGCCUUCUGCAAGUUUGCUUGAAUCCUUAUUGGGUGCUUGCUGCAUACAUGGCAACAUCAAGCUUGGCGAAGAAAUUGGGAAAAGGCUUUCUGAAAUAGAUCCAGAAAAUUCCAAUUCAUAUGUGAUGCUUUCUAACAUCUAUGCAGCAGCUGGAAGGUGGACAGAUGCCUGUAGGUUGAGAUCUGAAAUGGAAGGGAAACAACUGAGAAAACUACCUGGUUUUAGUCUUCUUGGGGUAAAUUAA